AUGACUUUGCGAUCAUCAAUUCAUCAUAGAUCUAAAGCAGAUAUUGCGGGUUUUGCUCAUUUAACCCUUGAGAUUGUCAAUGCUAAUGCCUCUAUAACAUUGGAACAUAUACCCAAGUUUCAUGGCCAAACAGAGGACCCUAAGCUAAAAAUGGCCUUGAAAGAUUGUCUUGUUUCAUACAACACGAUAGUCAAGGUACAUUUGAGAGAGGCUCUAAAUGCUAUGGACGUAGGUGAUUAUAGGGCUGUACAACAAAAGGCUUAUGUUACUAUUAUUGAAGCUGAGUCAUGCAAUACUAAAUUUAGGAAUCUGGCUACUUCACCUUUAAGGGAUACCAACCGAUAUGUGCAAAAUCUGUGUGCUAUUGCCAUUUCAAUUGCUAAAAAAUUGGUUCUGCCAUACCAAUUACCAACUUCGAUUUAG